GGAAAAGAGCGACUGACAAGAAAGAUCAAAGACACUCAAACGGUUUAAGAGAGGAACAGUAGACAAAAUUAGUAAUACUAGAUUCAGUUUUGUAAUUAGGUGAAGAAUAUUGUUUAAUUUGCUUGGAGUAGUUAGCUAGCUGCAGUGUCGAUUGAAACAGGCUAUCUCACUUUAGCUAGGUAGCUGCCUUUUGGCUUGGGUAGCUGGAUUGGUAGUUAUCAGUUUGAUAACGUUACGUAGCUAACAAAUCCAGCCUUAAACGAACCAGAUUUGGUUAGAUUGUAUCGAGUAUAUUACUGCGUUGCUUGCGAUAUCUUAAACUAGACUGUUUCGUUAGCGCAAGCUAGUUAGCUAGAUAGCCAGCUACCUUUUGUCAUACCGCAAAUGUAACUAGCCGCAUCGGGUGUGCCUGGGGUAACGUUAGCAAUUUAACGUUGCAGAUCUGAGAAACUGAAGGCAAAUUGUGUUAUUGACGAGAUAGCCAGCAAGUCAGUAAUAAAAUAGUAGCAUGUUGAUACGGUAGCUGGCUCCUCUGUGGCUGCUCUUAGAGUAAUUCGUAGUUAGUCUAGCUGGGUAGAUAGGGACUGUCUGGUUUUUCAAAGUGGCUUCCAAUCUAGCUACCAUUUUCAAUCAGAACAGUCUGGAUAUUCGAGUUAGCUUGUUAGCUAAUGUCUAGCUUGAUAUUGUUUAGGAUAGAUGUUUCGUAGUAAGGUGAACAACUAACUAAAUAAACGCUCUUAAUAGCUAACUAUUUACACUAGGUAACUGUCAUACGUGGUCGACCUCUUAACUCUUCGCACACUUGCGAUCGCUAAAGUAUUAACAGCUAGCUAGGUUUUUAUUAUCUGCGUCAUACGUACAGCUAGCUGGUUAGCUGAAAUAUCUGGAUUAUAAUUGGAAGGUACAAGUAUCAAGACAACAGUUCGAUAGGGCCUAUAGUUAUAGAUUGUCCAGCUAAGCAACCAGGCAGCCAGCUGCGUACAAUAUGUCGCACUACACCAGUUUCCCGGAACCGAACGAUGACACCAACCCCUUUCAGGACCCUGCAGUGACACAGCACAGCAGCAAUACAGGGUAUGCAACGCUAGACCUGUACAACCCCUUCGACAACAAGACUGGGCCCCCACCUCCUUAUGAGGCCACCUCCCCCACUGCACCUCCCAUGCCCGCGCAGACUCCGCCCACCAGGACCACACCCACAGAGCCUCGGAACUAUGGCUCCUACAGCACACAGCCAUCCCCUGUGAGCGCCACCACGGCAGAGCUGCUGAAGAAGCAGGAGGAGCUGGAGAGGAAAGCCAGGGAGUUGGAGAGGAGGGAGAGAGAGCUGGACUCCCACGCCCUGGGGGCUGGAGCUACACGCCAGAACAACUGGCCCCCCCUUCCCUCCUUCUGCCCUGUGGGGCCCUGCUUCUACCAGGACAUCAACCUGGAGAUCAGCCAAGGGUUCCAGCGCACUGUCACCAUCAUGUACUACUUCUGGAUCUUCUCGACGUGCACCCUGCUGUUUAACUUAAUCUCCUGCCUGGCACUGUUCUGCGUGGACCCGGCGAACGGUGUCGGGCUGGGCCUCGCCAUCCUGUGGGUGCUCCUCUUCACUCCGUGCUCCUUCGUCUGCUGGUACAGGCCUGUGUACAAAGCUUUCAGGAGUGACAGUUCCUUCAACUUCUUUGCCUUUUUCUUCAUCUUCUUCGUUCAAGUUGUUGUCUAUGUCAUUAUGACAAUCGGAAUUCCUGGCUGGGGUUUCAGUGGGUGGAUUGUGAGUCUGGCUGCCCUGAAGACCAGCGUCCCUGUAGGAGUGAUCAUGCUCCUCAAUGCUGUGCUCUUCACUGGACAGGCUGCUAUGGGAGUGGUCAUGCUUAAGAAGGUUCAUUCCCUGUACAGGCAGACUGGCGCCAGUUUCCAGAAGGCGCAGGCAGAGUUUGCCACAGGGGUGAUGUCCAAUCAGGCGGUGCGACAGGCUGCCGCUAGUGCUGCAACUACCGCUGCAACUACCGCUGCACAGGGGGCUUUCACUGCGCCCCGGUAGAAUGGGACAGGGGCAAAAGGGGAGGAGCUGGGGUACCAAGAUCAUGCUGAGAGGGUUGUAGGGGCAGUUAUAUCCAGUGGCUACCCCAAGUGGGCAGUUCGGUAGGGUAGGGGCUAGUCAACUUGAAAAAGCAAGUUGAGAAUUUGGAAAAGUAGAAAUCAUGGAAAUGUAAUCAUACAAAGAAUGGGGUUGAUCACAUUGCGGGAAGGGGGGGGGGGGGUAGCUGGGGUAUAUAGUGAAGGCAAGGAAGGCACCUCUAUGGCUGUAGAUCUUGGAUAAUUAUUGCAAGCGGGAAAUACAGGAAUCUAAGGACAACACAGGAGGAAAGAGAGGGUGUUAACUAUUUGAUGAACAGCUGUAUCAUAGAAAACAAAAGCAGUUUGGAAUGGCCUUGGAAAGCUUAUUCUUCACCUUGCUAUUGAGGGAAUUUACCAUAAAUGGAGAUUGGUGGUAUGAUCUGUGCAGUUACGUCUCAUUAAGAAUAUGUUCAGCAAAAUAGUGUUGUUAUUCUGGUUAUUUGCGAUCAAAAAGGGGAAGGGUGGGAAUCUGGAAAAGGAUCAGAGGUGCUUCUUAACAUUUAACUAAAGCGGAAUGGUUUAAAUAUCUGUGGUCUGCAUUUACAAUAUUGUUAGUGAACUAACCAGUUGUUUUGUAAUUGUAAACGAGAAUGCCUAUUUACACAACUCUGUCGAAUGCCAAAAUGAUGAACUAAACAAUUGUUACACCCAUGUAAUUUCUCUUGUAUCAUUG